CGCAGAGCUUUUGUGUUGUGUGGAUCGUUUUGCUGUCGUUGCGACUUUUCAUCACUCUCUCUCUCUGCAUUUUGGCAUACGUGAGCAUGGAGGACGUUUUCCCCAGAGAAUUCUCAACCGUUCAUGCUUCCAUUGAGUGUUCUUCGCGAACCUUUUGACUUCAUUCGCCACCGGAAGUGUGCUUGAAUCGAGAAAAUUGAACUGAGGUGAAUCUGAAGGCAUUCUUUGGACAUUUUCGCAAUUCGCACGCUUCCUGAAAAGUGCCAAACAAGGGGGCAAAUCGGACGAAUCGAGUCAAUAGUGUAAAUUUACACGAUCGUGUGUGGAAUGCACGAGGAAAUGUGAAAAAAAGCCAUUUCCUCUCGCACAGAAAAAUCAUCGGCUGGAAAAACCCACAAGAUCAAAUGUGGGUGAUUAAUAGUGUGAUCUUGUGGAUAAUCUGUGUGCAUAUCGUGAAAGAUUGAAGUGUGGUGGAGUGGAGAAGGAAGAUAUUUGAAUUUUUGCGUAGGACUUGUGAAAUUCAGUGAAUGCACAUUUUCCUUCACAUCCCACCCAUACCAAUUCAUGGCAAAGACGAAACCUUCCCUUCGUGUUCUCUCUUGUGUGCCCGAACAGUGUGAAAUCCAGUUAGAUUUGGGAGAAGACUGCGCUUUUUUCUUGUUCACACUCGCAACGAAAAGGGGAGACGUCGCCUUUCUUGAGAAUCUCCUCCGGAGAGAGUGAGCAGAGGAGCCGACUUUUGAAGGUGUGUGCGUGCGUACAUCGGGAUAGAGUGAGAGGGGGAGAGAAAGAGAGCGAGAGCGACCGAGCAAGAAAAGUGGAUUCUGCAUGUAUGAGAGCAGUGGAGCAUCAUUCUUCUGUUGGACUCUCGUGAAAAACUGGUGGGAGAGGGACAGAGUCAAGUGUCGAUCUUGUGUGCCUAAUGAAGUAGAAAAGAGACAACAAAUGGUGGUGGAAACCAGUUAUGGAUUCAAUAUGGCGGACGACACACGCAAAAUUCGUGUUGAGGAGCAAUUGAGAAUUAAAAUAGGCGAUGCAAAGGACCUCGUUGGACGGAAUGGAGGAACCAAUGGAUCCACCGGCGUCCGUGAUGUCUUCUGCACAAUUGCUCUUGAUCAGGAGGAGAUCUGUCGGACGCCAACCAUUGAACGGACUCUCACGCCUUUCUUCGGGGAGGAGUAUCAAUUUGAGAUCCCGCGGUACUUCCGGUAUUUGUCGGUGUAUGUGUGGGAUCGGGACAGACACCUGAAGCAGGUGAAGGCGGUGGGAAAAGUGGCGAUCAGGCGGGAGGAUCUGCAUGAGUACAAUGACAAGGAUUACUGGUUCUCGCUGAGGCCAGUGGACGCGGACUCAGAGGUGCAAGGAUUGGCGCACAUCCAGGUGACUGUGGACGAUGGUGCGGGCAAUCUGAAGAGGAAGUCGGACUUUGACGAAAUGGCCAGUAGUGUUGAAUGUGACAUAGAGAGUGUGGAUGAGGUCAGGAGUGGUGAGAGAGUAACACGGAAUGAGAGUCUCAGGCAAGCGAUAAGAACAAGCAAUACAUUGACGAAAACAAAGAGCAUCUUUGGGAACACGGAUCUCACGCUUUGGAGUGGAACGCAGUCCAAGAAGACCAGUGUCAACAUGCUGGACACUCUGAGUCCCUUUCGUGGUGAGAUGAGAGGACGCGUGGCGGUGAGGAUUGUGGAGUGUGGGAAUUUGGCGAAGAAGAAUGGCAACUGCGAUCCCUACGUUGUCCUGUCGGCGAUGUACUCCAACAAUCGUGUGAUCAAGAAGCGAACAAAGAUCCGCAAGAAGACCAUCAAUCCUGUGUUCGAUGAAACUGUGGUGUUCGACAUGAGUGUGGACGGGGACUCGAAGAGCGAUGGGAACAAUGCGUAUACGAUUGUGCCACUGGGCGGAGCGGAUCUCUGUGAAAUUACUGUGGGUGUGUGGCACAGUGGCGGAAUGGGCGAGGAUGUCUUCCUGGGUCAGGUGAAACUGCCUCUACGCGGGCGUCAGGAGCAGAAUGCCAUUCAGGCGGACGCGUGGUAUUUCCUGCAGCCACGGCCAUCCCACUCUCGGCCAGUGACAUCGUGUGCCACUCCCAAUGGCACAAGACUGAGCUGCAACAGCUCUCUGGGGACACUCAGACUGCGGCUUCACUAUGCGGCAGAUCAUGUAUUUCCACUGGCCACGUACGACGCCUUGCUCAAUCUCCUGCUGCAGAGUGUGGAACAGCGUCCUGUGACAACGACAGCUGUUCAUAUUCUGGGUGAGGUGGUGUCCAACAAGACAGAUGUGGCGCAGCCACUGGUGCGACUGUUCACGUAUAAGAACAAGAUAGCGCCAAUGAUCAAAGCACUGGCCGAUUAUGAGAUCUCCAAGCUCACGGAUCCCACGACAAUUUUCCGUGGCAACACACUCGUGUCCAAGAUGAUGGACGAGGCGAUGAGACUGACUGGGAUUAAGUAUCUCCAUCAGACACUGCGACCGGUGGUGGAUGAUAUUGUGCAGGAGAAGAAGCCGUGCGAGAUUGAUCCAUCGCGACUCAAGGAUACCAGCGCCAUUGAUGGUAACCUUCAGAAUCUGCAGGAGUACGUCGAGAGGGUGUUCAAUGCCAUCACUACGAGUGCUGUGCGAUGUCCCGCCGUUCUAUGCCAAAUAUUCCAUGAUCUCAAGGAGUCCGCCAAGCACUUCUUCCCGGACAACCGCGAAGUGAGAUACUCAGUUGUGUCUGGAUUCAUCUUUUUGCGAUUCUUCGCACCAGCCAUUCUCGGACCGAAGCUCUUUGACUUAACCACCGAACCAUUGGACGAACAAACAAAUCGAACAUUCACCCUCAUUUCAAAGACAAUUCAAUCUCUUGGAAACCUGGUGAGCUCAAGAUCGGCUCAGCAACUGUGCAAGGAGGAGUACACUGGACGAUUGUACAAGGCAUUUUCCACUGAGAAGCACAUGAUGGCUGUUAAGCACUUCCUCGAGGUUGUGUCGACAGUCGGUGCGAGUUGUGAUGGAAACAAGGAACAAGAGCCAAUUUUACUGAAAGAAGGGAUGAUGACAAAGAGAGCUCAAAAUAAGAAAAUCUUCUUCAAGCAGAGAAACUUCAAGCAGAGAUAUUUUCGCUUGACCACCCAAUCGCUGAGUUAUUCAAAAUCUAAGGGCCAGAAACCCAGCUGUGAUAUUCCAUUGUCGGACAUUUUAGCUGUUGAGAGGUUAAACGAGUGUAGCUUUAAGAUGCAGAACAUUUUCCAGAUCGUGAGGAAGGAUCGCCCGCUGUACGUGCAGACGGCGAAUUGCGUGGAGGAGAAGGAGUGGGUGGAUCUGUUGCGGAAGAUUUGUCAAUCAAAUGCUGAGCGUCUUGAACACUAUCAUCCAUGUGCCUAUAUCAACAACGUGUGGACAUGCUGCAAUUCACGGGAUCAGAAUGCCAAUGGGUGCACGGCGGUGUCACCAAAGUCCUUCCAGAUGGAAUUGGGCACAGCAUUGGAUCCGGCUCGCGAUCUUCAGCGAAUUCACACGCUCAUAAUGUCCAACAUGAAGUGUCUGGAGUCAAUGGGGAAUCCCAUGGCGUACUCCGGGACACCGCAGCAAGUGAGUGAAUUCAUGAUGUGCCACGAGACACUGAAGGCACUGCGGGAGGUCGCGAUUGCGCUCGAUCACGUGCAUCGCAAUCAUCGCACGAAGCUGGCCAUGGAGGUGAAGUAUGGCAGUCGCCAGGCGCCAAUUGGGGAUGACAAUUACCUUCACAUGAGCAAAGGUGGCCGCGGAGGAGCCUUCAAAGUCACCCCGACGCCGCGGGACUCGACGCAGGAGAGUGGCGAUGUGGAGUUGCGGACUAUUCGGCCCAGUUUCCUGCGGAGUUGCGAGUAGGUAAUGUGGGAGGAGGGGGUUGAUGAGGGGAGAGGGACAGAAAAUGUGUAUGUUUUGGGCUCAUUCAACUUUUUUCGGUGUUGCAAAAUGUGAUAUCUUGUAUAUUUUGAGAAACAUUCCAAUUAAAUUAUUUUUGUUUUUUUUUAUUUAGUAAAAUAUUAUCGUAGAAGAUGAAGAAAGUGAAUCAAGUUUAGAGAGAAGAGGAGAAGAAGAAGAAGAACCCGUAGGGAGACAGAUAUAGAUUGUAUUUUGUAUAAGGAAUAGAGAGAUGAUUUCCCCCAAAAAAUUUGUGGGAAGUGAAAUUCUCGAGGAGAAAGAAAAAAUGUUCAAAAUUUCAAUUUUGAAUGACUUUCGUGUAGAGAUUGUAGAGGAGAAUAUUUUUAUUAAGAUGCAAUGCUCAUUUGACAAGCAAUUUAAAAAUUUUCGUAGGUAAUAAUAAAAGAAGGAGAAGGAAAACUUUCGAUGACUAAAAGUUUUUAUUCUAAAACAAAGCGAUUUAUACGUUACUUUCUAUUUUCUAAUUAUUAUUAUUUUUUUACAUUCUUCUAAGAGGCAAUGAGUGUUAUUUUGUUAAUUGUGGAGUCCUUCUUCAAUACAAAAAGAGAGUCUGCAUGAAAUGAGAAGAAAGAACGAACAAUUUAAAAUGCGAAAAGAACAAACACGUGAGCAUUUUUGUGCUCAAAAAGUGUGUGAUGAACAUUAAUCUCAAUUAAAUAUUCCGUCUGUUUAUGAAGAAAGAAAGAAAAAAAGAAUGAAAAAAGCACCACUAAGUAAAAGUCAAAACAACACGGUAAAAAACGAGAAUUUAAAAUUAAAACGAGAGCAUUUAUGUAAUACUUUAAUAAGUUUAAUGGAAACGAUUCAAAGUGUAUAAAAUUUACUAUAUGAUUGCGUUCUCUUGAGACAAUGCUGAACCAGAGAGUAUGAAACAUUUAAAAGAAAGAAAAAUUGGCACAAAUUUACUGAAAUUUAUAUUGAUAAGCAGAGAGAGAGUUAGGAAAAUGGCCCCAUUUUCGUUGAGGAGUGAAAGAGAAAAGAAA